AUGGCUAGGACGAAAGUGUCAGCUAGAAAAUCGCCAAGAAAGGAGCAACAAAGACUCUACCUGGAGGAAGCAAACAUCUACGAGACGUCUCUACGCGAAAUCCGACGAUACCAAAAAUCUACCGAUCUCAUAAUACCGAAACUGCCAUUUCAAACACUUGUGCGAGAAAUCGCACAAGAUAUUUCUUUGACUGCAGAUCUGAGAUGGCAGUCAUCGGCGAUCUUAGCUCUUCAAGAAGCUGCUGAGGCAUUUCUUGUCAAGGAGUUUGAAAUGACAAACCUCUGCGCAGUACAUGCCCAUCGAGUUACUAUUCAAGCUAAAGACAUGGAGCUAGUGGACAGACUCCGAAGAAUCAUGACUGGUUCGGGAUAUAGAUUUGAGAACAGGAAAGCUUGA